AUGAAACUCGUUGUUCGUGUCCAGUACAUCGGCGAGCGCGCCAAGCAGCUCCUGCGCGAAGAGCAAGCACCCGAGUACACGCGUGGCCUCAUCGAUGACCUCGAGCACUAUGGCUUCCCAAUGCCGCAUGAGCAGAAGCCAAUUGAGAAAUCUGGCUUCAUGCUAUGUGUCUGGCAUGUUGAUAGGGACAGCGAAAUGCAUCGCGCGAUUCAGAACGGUUUUUCGAGGGCUAAAGCCGAGGCGGGUCUGCUGAGUGUGCGGUCUAUUCGAUACAUUUCCUUGAAUGAAGAUGGGAUAACGCACACAACGUCCCUCAUGAACAAGGCAUACAAACCCAAGUCCUACAACAAGGCCGAAUCCAUCCCCCGCUUCUACCCAGCAUCUGCGUAUCCAAGCACGGACCACGAGCCUAAGACGUUCGGGAAGGCCCCCAAAGCCCCUACAUCGAUCAACCAGGCACGACGAGGGGUCACACCGCUUUCUCACCGCAUCGGUCAGGAGUACGACCCGCGCAAAGGAUUGGACGAUGUUGAUAUGUAUUCCCCAACUGAACGCUCUCCUCCACGGGAGGGCGACGGCUCCUCCGCAAUGAUCGAUGUGACUCAGAAGACGCUCUUGCAACUUAGUCAGUCUUCGGCGUUCCAGAAUUUACUUCACCGCGCAGGUCCUAUCGUAAGCAUCGGUUCCGCUCUCCCUCCACAGCAGGCGUCGUCGUCACCAUUGGACAUUCACAAUCUCCAGGCACUUUUGCAGAGGGCUGGCGUCAGUGCACAAGCACAGGCCAUCCUCGCAAGCCAGAUCGCUCAACCUACGAGCUUGGGAAGCACGUCGCUCAACCUGACAAUGGGACCGUUGACGGGAUCCGGCAUCGCUUCUUCGGAUCUUUCCUCUUCUCGUCCCAUGUCGACCACCUCUUCCCGAGAGCAGGCUGCUGCGGUCAACGAAGCGCAACGAGAGUUGUGGGGUGUCCGCCGCCAGAUCUCUGCCUCUCGGGCACGCGAAGAGGAGCUGAUGCGUCAACUAGAACGCCUCGGGCAAAACGUCUCGCCUAUGGAAGCCCCUGGUUCCGGGCAGUCAGACGCUCGCCUGAAGACCCUUCAGGAUGAGAAUGCAGGUGCGUGGCUAUCUAUUGGAUCGCUCCAGGAAAACAUCAAAGCGGAAAUGGUGGCCCGCAAGGUCGCGGAAGCGAAGUUGCGUGCAGAGCGGCUGCGGCUAGAAGAUCUCGAGAGGAAGGUGCAGCAGGAAAGCUCGCAGCAGAUGAUGGUCCCAGCCCUGCUGGACGCGUUCAUGAAGAUCGGCCAGAUCUCUGGGGAGUCUCUCAAGGAAGCCAGCCCGCCGUCGGCAAACGGCGGGCCCCGCCCCAGUGCUGGCCAGGGCACCGCUGCCCGCUUCGCGCAUGGCGAUGCGUCCGGUCCUUCAACCUCUCCGAGGUUCUGA